AGCAGGACAAAGCUUGCUUGACUCGGCCAUUCGAGGUCCUCUACAGCACUCCAUGGUCUUUACUCCUGACCAUGACCUUUCAAACCCCAUAGCGUCCAUAAGUCGACCUUUGCGACCUUCUGUUAUUACCCACUCACCAGCAUCUACCGCUCUUACUGUAUCUCUUAUCAUAUCUCGCUUGUGGUCCCUCAUUUCUUAGAUUCGCUUCCUCUCACCAUGAGCUUCACGCACGACAUCGAUAACGAUGAAGGACUUUUCCCAUUUGAUGCAUAUGAACCGCUUAAGGUCGUCUCUCUCCUCAAGGAUACCUCAAGGGAGUCUCGGAUCGACUCCGUAUCCUCGUGUCGGGAUCAUAUAACUGCUCUUCACCCCGACCCGAACCGUAUGUCUGACUACUACCAGGACCACCCAUCCUCUGGCUCUAUGCAGGAGGUGGCCAUUCCAGACCCGAAAGGCAAAGGUAUUUCACAUCCAUCUGAACCAAUGCCUAUCAUUACCAGAGCUGUGCUCGACAACGAGCUCGAUUUGUUCGCAAUGUCCUUUGGAUCUGCCGGGUCUUCAAGCAGGGUGGUUGACCCCGCCCUUGCACUCAGUUUCUAUACACCACAGAUGGAGGAUUUUCACUCCGAGAUUGUCGAACUCGACGAUAAUGAUGAACCCAUGAGUAGUAGCUCUAGCAAAGGCAAAGCUCGUGAACUCCCUCCAAGCAUACCGCCUCUUUCAUUUACACCCACCGAGUUCAGCUAUGGAAGCCCCGAAUGGCCGUCCAUUACAGGUUCUUCCUCAUAUGGUUCGAAUUAUUCCGGGGCCGCAGAGCCAGAGCCAUCUUCGGCCAUUUCAUCAUCUGAUACCGGUGUUCUGGGGAGCCCACCUAGUUCACCUGUACAAGUAGAAGUCCCACAUUGUAGUCUCCUGCGGGCUCAUUCACUUUCCAACCUAUCCACGCGAUCACGUCGGUCUCUCUCCAAUGUCUCAAUUUCCAAAGUCAAACUGAAACUUGGAGGUACGAAGACUCCAAGCAACUUAGCACGCAAGCUCUUGCUCAAGAAACGUGACACAGCCAGUCCACCAUCUAGUCCUCUUUCUACCUCACCCGAUAUUGAUCAUGAUACUACCACAGAGGUCAUACUCGCGAAUUCACAGAUGUUAGAACAGAGAGGCGGAUUUUUGCGUUGGACAAAGGAUCCCAGACCUCGCACACCUCUUGCAUCCCCCGUCGUCGAAACGGACGCUGUCUGGGGCACUCUGCACACAGUACCACGUUCACCACGACCUAAUGAUCCCUACCCUCUUCGAACGAAAGGCCGAAGUUACUCCUCCCCUCUUCCUCUUCCCCCUUCAGUCUUCGACAUAGUACCACUCGCUCCGGCGGAUAUCUUCGCGCCGCCGCCUAUCAUUACCCCUUGCUAUUUUGACCAUUGGCUCCCGCGUGAGCUCAAGUUGCAGGUGUUCAGAACGUUGGUGCAACUUCAUGAAGCUGAACAUGAGAAACGUCUCACGAAUGGCAAAUGGACUGCAAUCAAGGCUGGGUCAUCCAGGAACAGGUGGACAGGCAGAGAGAAAGGUCUACGAGAACUGUUCAAGAUGAGCAGGGUGUGCAGAUCCUGGCAGAUCCUCGUCUUUGAUGGUCAGCUAUGGGCGAAGCUUGAUCUUCGUUCAUUCCCCAAUCUUUCUUCCACCUCUUUGUCUCGUAUCUCCCGUAUAGCGGGAGGAUUCAUCAAGGACCUCGAUCUCAGCGGACAUGCCGACCUUCUCCCUUCCACACUUUUGGAACUUACGGAGCAGCUUUGUGGCUCUCCUCCCACUCUGGGUAUAAACCCUCACACCCAGCUGACGACGAUCAACUUACAGGGUUGUUCACAUUUGACGACCCGUUCUCUCCAUAAUAUCCUCUUACGAUCGCCUUUCUUGCAGAAGCUCUGCUUGAAAGGUCUUACGGCUGUCACGAAUACGACAUGCGACGUCCUCGCCAUUUAUUGUCCACACCUUGUUUCAUUGAACAUGAGCAGAUGUCCGAACAUGACAGGAGAAGGUGUUCUUUCUGUAGCGUCCGCUGCGGUCAGACGUGGCGAGCACAUGCACUUGAAGGAACUCAGACUUGCAGGUCUGAAGCGAGUUACGGAUGCCAUGAUGGCUGCCUUAGGACGAGCAGCUCCCUUACUGGAGGUCUUGGACCUGAGCGGCGCUCGUGAUUUGCACAACUCUGCGAUUGAUGCCUUUGUUGCAUGCACAGAGGCGGACUCAGCUCAUUUACAAUGCGUCCAGCUGACGUCUCGUGAAGCAGGUCGUGAUCCCUCCGAUUACACCUCUCGCUAUUGGAGACGUGUAACCCAUUUGCGUCAUUUGAACCUCUCAUCUUGUAUUCUCCUCACAGACCACGCUUGUUCCCACCUUGCUCAUGCGGUCCCGAAGCUCGAGUUCCUGGAGCUCGCCAGUAUUGGUCCCGAGCUUCGUGAUGAUGGAUUGAUUCGUCUUUUGAAUACGACACCAUUUAUUCGCAGAAUCGACUUGGAAGAUGCAACCGAGAUUUCGGAUGAUUUAUUGUUGGCCGUUACGCCUAGUCAGGUGCAAGUGUCCUCUUCUUCACCCCCUUUAUCUUUAUCCUCUCGCCCCUCUCCGCCGCCCGAACCUGGACAUGCCCUGGAGCAACUUAUAAUUUCCUAUGCCAAUAUCAACAAUGAGGCCCUCAUGGAACUUGUUCGGAAUUGUACACAUCUCCGUAUUCUGGAAGCAGACAACACUCGUAUGUCCGGACUCGUGUUAAGGGAAUUUGUCGAGCUCGCACAAAGCCGCAAGAUUGCAGACGCUCGGAUUGUCGCCGUCGACUGUCGUGGGAUUGGCGAGUACGCAGUCAAGGAGCUCACGGAGCGCACUCGUCCUCGAUUGGGUUGGAGGUCAUGGCAUGCAGGGGAGCUGGCAUAUCUCGACGGAAGAGACGAAGAAGGGUUGAACGUAGGACAGGAUGAAUGCGAUGAGAAUAAGGUUGUUGUUAAGACGUUCUAUUCGUGGCAGACGGUGGAUGCCGUUCAAGCAGCCCGGAAGAAACGCAAGCCUGGGUCAAAACGUGGGAUGAACAGUUCACGCAACGGCAGUGCAUCAUCAGAUGCCCUGUCGUCCUCUGGGCGGGCGCGGUGGUGGUCUCCUAGUGGGCGUAGGUCAUCUGGACCAAACACCCCAACUCUUCUGGAUAUGAAUGGCGACCGAGAUGGUUGUACAAUUAUGUAGGAUAUAUUUUUGAUUUUUUUUUUUUUGGUUCUGUAUAUCACUUCAAGAAUCCAUUGUAUCCACUGACUCUAUUUGUUGUAGACAUUAGUUGUAUAUUCUGUACUUGUAUGUCACGCAUUUCUCUGGUAUCGCUAGGACAGGGUAACACAUGAAUUGUAUAGAACUAACGAAUCGAAUGAAUCUGUGUAUUACAAUACAGCAACAGUUGUACAGCACGCGUGCACAGAAGAAGUAGCGUAUAACCCGGGAUAACGAUAUCGAAAACCGAAAGUGUUCGAAGAACGGUAGUGACGACAGCAAGAGCACGAGGAACGAAACAAAUUAGCCAGGAACGGAUUGUAACAUUGAGAAAAACCGGGAAUAUGUCGGAGGUUGCCGCAGAUAGUAAACAGAAGCACUGUCGGGGAAGUGGAGGCGGUCGCGCAUGAGCGAGAGACAUGGGUGUUUAACGUGUCGCGUUGUCUUUCUCCUUCUUCUUGUUCCAGUUGUCGACGACGAGUUUGAAC